CAGCGGGUAACACAUUCUCGAGAAUUUUCAGCAGAAGAGCCAGUGGCUGUUCGGCUCGUUCCAAAGAUCAGGGACAUCGGAGAAGGCAAUUUUGUUUACCAACCAAGAAAGCCCCUCCCCCGACCUCGUUAGCUAAUGAAACAUUUUCCAGGCACUUAAACCAUCACGAGUUGCAUCAUUUUUCUUGAAGACAUUCCAUUAUUGUUCAUUGACCUUUCCUUGACUACUGAGUCCUUUGGAUUUGAGUUAUGUCAACAGCUGCUUUAAUUACUUUGGUUCGAAGUGGUGGGAGCCAGGUGAGAAGGAGAGUGCUGCUAAGCUCCCGCCUGCUGCAGGAUGACCGGCGGGUGACACCCACGUGCCACAGCUCCACUUCAGAGCCCAGGUGUUCUCGGUUUGACCCAGAUGGUAGUGGGCGUCCAGCCACCUGGGAUAAUUUUGGGAUCUGGGAUAACCGCAUUGAUGAGCCAAUUCUGCUACCACCCAGCAUUAAGUAUGGCAAGCCAAUACCCAAAAUCAGCUUGGAAAAGGUGGGCUGUGCCUCACAGAUUGGCAAACGGAAAGAGAAUGAAGAUCGAUUUGACUUUGCUGAGCUGACCGACGAGGUCCUGUAUUUUGCGGUUUAUGAUGGACAUGGUGGGCCUGCAGCUGCUGAUUUCUGUCACACCCACAUGGAGAAAUGCAUCAUGGACUUACUUCCUAAGGAGAAGAACUUGGAAACCGUGUUGACCUUGGCUUUUCUAGAAAUAGAUAAAGCCUUUGCGAGUCAUGCCCAUCUGUCUGCUGAUGCAACCGUUAUGACCUCUGGGACUACUGCAACAGUAGCCCUGUUGAGAGACGGUAUUGAACUGGUUGUAGCCAGUGUUGGGGAUAGCCGGGCUAUUCUGUGUAGAAAAGGAAAAUCCAUCAAGCUGACCAUUGACCAUACUCCGGAAAGAAAAGAUGAAAAAGAAAGGAUCAAGAAAUGUGGCGGUUUUGUAGCGUGGAAUAGUUUGGGACAGCCUCAUGUGAAUGGCAGACUUGCGAUGACGAGGAGUCUCGGAGAUUUGGAUCUUAAAAGCAGUGGUGUGAUAGCAGAGCCAGAAACAAAGAGGAUUAAGCUACAUCAUGCCCAUGACAGCUUCUUGGUCCUCACUACGGAUGGAAUUAACUUCAUGGUGAAUAGUCAAGAGAUUUGUGACUUUGUCAAUCAGUGCCAUGAUCCCACUGAAGCGGCCCAGGCAGUGACUGAACAGGCAAUGCUGUAUGGUGCCGAAGACAACAGUACUAUCAUCGUGGUGCCGUUUGGUGCUUGGGGGAAAUACAAGAACUCCGAAAUCAACUUCUCCUUCAGCCGAGGCUUUGCCUCCAGUGGACGAUGGGCCUGAGUGCUGGCUGGGACUUUCAGUUUCUGUGCAACAGUUUUUCACUAAGUACAUAAAGAAGCUGAUUAGAUAAAAACGCCCACUGUACCAGAGUAACCCUGUGACUCCCUAGAUCAGUACACAAGCUUGUGUAAACUUAGUAACCAUUUACAGAACCAUCAACCAUGUCAGGAACAGCCGUCAUAUUUAUGUUCAACUGUACAUACUCGAUAUAAACAUAUGUGUAAUUCAGUUACUGUGAGUCUCUAAGCUGAGUGAGCACAUGAAAAGUGGUUUGAUAUACUUGCUGAGUGUUAAAUUUCUAAUUUUAAAAACUCUUAGGCAGCUAUGAGUUUCUUUUGAUCACUUUUGUUUAUCCAUUUGAACAGGUUCUCGUCUUCAAAUUCUUUAAUAGUAGUCAGUAUUUUUCACAAUUCCUCAAUGUAUUGUCAGCAGAUGUUUUAAUUUUUAAUAACUGUACCAAGGAAUUAGUGUGAAAACUGAGUUCUCUGUUACUAUAUUUUGUAUUCUGGACCACUUAACUGGUCAAUGUAACAAUGUGAAAGAAAUUAAUUCAGAUAAUAUGACAUGCUAAAUUAUAUACAUAUUUCUAAACAGUGCACUUAUAUUUUUCAACUGUCACAAGGUUAUCCUUAUCCCCCAAUUCAUUCCUAUUUUGUAGCUAAGAAUACUAUAGAGAUAUGACUAUUCUUUCAUAUCAGAACAGAAUGCACAGGCUGAGUCCUCUGGUCAAAGAUAUUUGAAGUUAAAUACCAAUGGUAUCAAGUAUCUUGUAUAAAGUUUCAUUUGUUGUCUCUAACUCUUUUUGUAUAUAGUAUGUUUAUGUCACUUUUUGUAUAGACUAAGCAAUUUGAAUAAUUUGUCAGUAAUAAUACCAUAUUGACUGAUACUGCUAUAUAUAUAUGUGUGUGUGCGUGUGUGUGUGCGUGUAUGUAUAUACAUAGCUUUUUGCUUAUUUCUAAGACUCAUAAGAAAUGAUAAAUCUAAAACAUUAAAGCAUUCUAUAUUUCAGCUUGCUUUGUAAUACCUAUAUAUAUAAAAGCCUAAGCGACUAUUAUAACCUAAUGACUGGAACGACCGGAAUGACUGGUUGACCAGUUGCUGUGACACCCACUGACCACCAGGGGGCAGACACUCAACACAGGAGAGGCCCCCUGGUGGUCAAUGCGCUCCCACAGCCAACCUCCCAUGGCCCAUUACCCCAUCUGGCUGGCCAAUCUCCUGUGGUCCUUCCCCCCUGACAGCCAGCACCCUGAUAGGCUCCGAUAUGGGGGCCAGCUGGCCACCCUCCCAGGUUCCCUCCCCCUGGAAGGCCGGCCCCCCGAUAGGCCUCAAUCGCCGGCCAGGCCAAGGAACCCUACCUGUGCACGAAUUUGUGCACCGGGCCUCUAGUAGGAGUAUAAAACUAUACUUCCUUAUAUUUGCAUGUAAGUUUGCUGUUAAAAUGUGAAUCUCUAAAUGUGUGUUUUAUAUCUGCAGUUUAUUUCUGUAGACAGUGUAAAUUUGUUAUAUGUAUGAGUGUAUAUACAUAUGUAUAUUUUGCAGUGACAUAAAAUUUAAAGGGAACAAUCCUGUGUAGCUCUUUCAACAGCUUUAAAUUAUUGAUGUUUAUAUCUAGGGACUCUUGACAAACUGAGGGCAGUUUUAAUAGUGGAGAAUCAAUGGUUAUUAGCAGGUGAGGUGACAUUAAAAAUGGCUGUAGGAGAUAUUUCAUGGUGGGUGAUUAUGUGGAAAACCAGGGACAGAACCAGUAUGUUGAAGCUAUGUUGUUACAUGGUAAUUUGCCUAUAAAAUAGGAUGUAGGAAAAUACUGGGUGCUAAGAAUGACAUGGAGUUUUGCUGUAGAAACAAAAGAAAAACCAAAAAGAUAAAUUUGGUGUAGUAUAUAUCUUCAACACUCAGUUUUUGGGGUUGACCUUUUUUCUUUCUUUAAGUUUUAUCUGAAGGCUUAGUAGAAGGAAGAAGGCCCAACAUAUAUUGUUCACAUUCUCUCACCUUUUUGGAAAUGGAAGAAAAUAAAUCUUGAGUUUUCCAGCUUAUGUUAAUUAGGAGUUGUCCUUUUCGGGGGGGCGGGGGGAAGAAAACAAAUAGUAAAGAAGUAUCUCAAUUUUUUUUUCAAAGGAAGUUUGGUGAAAGAAAGAAAAAUAUCACAGGAAAGGAUAUAGUCUCCUAUUUGUUGUCUGAGAAGUGAGGACUCCAAGGUAGAUGAGGGGAGCUGGAAAACUUUCUUGUUCUUUUUGAGUCGGAUCCAUGGAACAUAAAUAUGGAACCUACAUUUCGGAAUAUGGAGCAUUUCCAAACUAACAAGGAAAUAAAAACUCUAAAGCACAAAAUGAUAGUUAGAGAUGUAAGUUUCAUUUUUGUUUUGAAUUCUUCACAUUACCAUUUUUCUUUUACUUUAAAAACUGAAGGUGGGAGUGAUGUUAGCAAGUUCAAAGGUCUGAGUCACCAGUGCAUUGAGGUGGAUUCCAGGUUUGACAAAGAGAAAUUUGUAGGGUUGUUCAGGCUGUGCUCUGCUUCACCUCAAAAGCUUGUAAAAAUCCAAACCGGUUAACUUGGACUAAGGCAUGAAAUAUACUGUGUUUGUUUUUCAAGCCACAGUGUUGAAGGACAAUUUGCAGAUUAUUAUAAUUCAUAAAAGAUAAGCAUACAUGGAUUGGUCUACUAUUGGGAAUUGUGCAAAUGGAAGUAAAUAAAAGGACUUCUAUAGUUUUUUUUUUUUUUUUGUUAUAACUAAAUUUGCCAUGUGGCUAUUACCACGUGGGUUUAGGUAUGGUGUAAAUUAUAUUAAUGUAAUUAAGCUUAAAUAAUUUGUAUUUAAGUUUGCCUUUCAUUUAUAUGUAGUAUAUAAAUCAUCUUUCUAAAAUGUGAUGCCAAACUUUAUUUGCCAACAUUUAUUUGGCAAAAUUAUCUUGAAAUUGUGAUUUUUCACAAGUUAAGUACCUUACACAUUCAAAGUAAAUGCUGUCCUGCUUUCCAUCAGCUGUUUGUUUGUUACAGAUCUUUCUAUUUAAGUACUUCAGAGUCAGAUGCAUUUUUUUUUUCUGAAAAAAAAAAAAGUUUUGGAGGGAUCAGUUUUGAAUCUCUGUACUCUAUGAUAUGAACUUUUCUUGAGUUCCAACCUUUAAAAAAAUUACUUACUUUGAAGAAUUACUAGCACAUAAUCCAAAUAGAAAUUAUUUUUUCAAAGAGGAGUUCGAUUUAUCUUUUUUUUUUUUUUUUUUAGAAUCUCGGCAGGGAAUGAGUAGACCUAUGCUAAGUCUUAAAUAUCAGCCAGGACAUUUAGUUUCCUUUCUAAGAAUGGACAAAGAUUUUAUUUCAUGGUCAUAUGACAGUAAGAAAAUGCUUCAAGGCAGGGUGGGGGAAGGAAUGGUUAAAGUUUAGCAACAAACAAUUCAACAUGUAUUUUCCUUUAGCACUUCAAUUGUUCACAUACCCACGUCUGAAAAGUGACGUACAUUUUUGGUUGGGUUACAGUUUAUUGUUAGAUUCACUUAUCUGGAUGAUUUAAUCAGAAAUAAAAGGCCGGAUUGUGAUGACCUGCCUGAUGCGUUUGGCGUCUGGAAGAAUAGUUGACUCUCUGGCAGCUCCCAUUGGUUAUUAGAUGGUGGAAACGGUUCAUUGAUGGUCAUAUCGAGUGUUCUGGGCUGUGAAGUCAUGGAGUUCUUCCACCUCCAAGAAUGACUCAUCUACCACUGGCUUCCAGUACAUAAUAUAGCAGCUUGGUGUGUCCAAAAUUAACUUAAUUUCUGCCGAAUUGCUCUGGUGCACAUUUGUUUUAUAAUUUACCAAAGUACUACUUGGGUGUAUAGCCUUUCCUAUAGUGAGCUGAUGUAAUUGUUGCUUUGAGCAUUGUUUUAAAUGUACCUGUUGAGUAACUGAACAGACAUAAAUCACGUAUCUCAGUGCAAGACACCAUUUUAAUAAAAUACAUGCAUUAAACACUUUAAAAUUCAACUGUGUUUAUUUGGCAUCCAGACUUACCAACAUUUAUUAUGUGAACCUGUGAACACUAAUAGAGUCGAUGAAUGUUUGCAAAUUUCUUUUAGUAGCCAAAUUCUGGCUGUUUGCAAAAUUAAUGUGAAGAAUCUUUGGGAAAAAAAAGUAUAUUAUCUAUUCAAAUCUCUUUUAUUUAAUCUAAAACAAAAUUUGUCUUUUUCGUUUUCUUCUUCCAAAAUAUUUGUUGGCAUAUCAGAGGAAAAUGGUCAUGAUGAUUUCUACCUUAUUUUGCCUGUGGUAUAUUUCAUUGCAGCAUCUCCAUAUAUUAAAAUUUUGAAACAUCC